AUGGCCUAUGUUACACCGUGUACCCGCAGCUCGCUGGAUAUGUUUCGUAGUACUUUUCUGCGAUUGCGACCGGAAUCCAGCUUGGCGAUGCACUCGCGCAAACCCUUCCAUUUUUUUUAUAGGUCUUUAACAUCGAAAAUAAUAAAUGAAACUACAUGCAUUAUAUGGGAUAUUUUACAGCCACAGGAAAUUCCAGAACUUUCUGAAGCAUUGUGGCUAGAAAUAGCAAAACGAUAUUAUAAAAAAACCAAUUAUCCUAAUUGUAUAGGAUCUAUCGAUGGGGAUGAGGCAUUUGGAUUACAAAAGCAUAUCUUGAGGCCUUUUCCUAAUAAAAGUUUAAAUAAGGAAGAGCGAAUUUACAAUUAUCGUCAUAACCGGGCUAGGAGAUGCGUGAAAUAUGCAUUCGGCAUCCUAACAAGCAAAUGGAGAGUUUUGCAUACACCGAUUGCAACUAAUGUGAAUACAAUCAUCGCUAUCGUAAAAGUUGUUUGUAUUUUACAUAAUUUUGUCAUAGCAAGAGAACAAGUACAAUAUGCACAUAUUUCGCGACGUACCUCAACAACUCUUACAAGUACAAGGAACCAAAUUAUUACUGUAUCAAAUUCUGGAAAAACAGCAAAAGAAAACUUUAAAAACUAUUUUCUUAACGAAGGAAAGCUACCCUGGCAAAAUAGUAUUUGUAAGUUUUAGCUACAGGACGAAAUAGUGUAACGGAGUUUGUAAAGCCAUAAAUAAUAUGUAGGUAAAUGAUGAUACUUUGUUUUAUGUAGUGAGUGAUACAAGUAUAUUGUUGAAUAAGUAAUAAAUUAAUUUAAAUGGAA